AUGGCUCCACAGGCUUCAUCAGAUGGAGAUCUCACCAUCAAUGAAAAGAGCAUCACAUGGCACAGACAUUUUAACCAGGUGCCAUCUUCUUUUUGUAAUGAGAAGUGCCAUAGAGGUUUCAGCAAAAAAAAGGAGGAGGAGAUGCCAUUUUGUUGCUAUGACUGUGUACCAUGUCCUGAUGGGGAGAUUUCAGACCAGAAAGACAUGGAUGACUGUUUCAAAUGUCCAGAAGAUCAGUAUCCAAACAAGGGCCGAGAUAAAUGCCUUCCCAAGGGCAUAAACUUUCUCUCCUACGGUGAAAUAUUGGGUCUCAGUUUGGCUGUUUUGUCUUUGUGCUUUUCACUGAUCACAGCACUAGUGCUUGGAAUCUUCAUUCAACACCGAGACACUCCCAUUGUCAAAGCCAACAAUCGGGAUCUCUCUUACCUUCUCCUCAUUUCUCUCUUGUUCUGCUUCCUCUCCUCAUUGCUGUUCAUUGGCCAGCCGGGAGCACUGACCUGUCCUCUACAACAAAUGGCUUUUGCCAUCAUCUUCUCAGUGGCUGUUUCUUCUGUGUUGGCCAAAACCAUGACUGUGGUUCUAGCCUUUUUGGCCACGAAGCCAGGUUCCAGACUUAGGAACUGGGUGGGGAAAAGAUUAGCAAUCCCUGUGGUUCUUUCUGGAUCCCUUAUUCAGACAGGCAUUUGUACUGGUUGGCUAUGCACUGCUUCCCCAUUCCCAGAUAUUGACAUGCACUCUCUAACAGAAGAAAUUGUUCUGGAGUGCAAUAAAGGGUCAACUGACAUGUUUUACUGUGUUCUGGGGUACUUGGGGUUCAUGGCAGUGGUCAGCUUCAUUGUGGCUUUCUUUGCUAGGAACUUGCCCAGCACUUUUAAUGAAGCCAAGUUCAUCACUUUCAGCAUGUUGGUUUUUUGCAGUGUUUGGGUAUCUUUUGUUCCAACAUACCUGAGCACCAAAGGAAAAUACAUGGUGGCUGUUGAGGUCUUUUCCAUUUUGGCCUCCAGUGCUGGAUUAUUGGGUUGUAUCUUUGUCCCGAAGUGUUAUAUAAUUCUGAUGCGGUCUGAGCUGAACAGCAGGAACCAUGUAAUACAAAGAAAUAAGUAG